AUGGAUCAUCUUCAACCCGAAUUUAAUCCCAACAAGAGUGUGGUUGCUCACUUGCGCAACAUUCUCCUCCGGCAUGACGUCAGUAUUGAGGACUCUCACCGCCCGUGAUGCCCCCCUUUGUAUCCAGUGAGUCGGUUGACUGAACGUCUGUUGGUUUCCCCGCCAUGACGCGCCUUCAGGUUCCCUGGCCCGCCAAUGCCAAGAAGCCUCAGUUGGUCGCGUUGUACGAGUCACACGUACGCCCCAAAGCACCCGUAAGUCGAAAUGACACCGAAAAUCACCUUCCCCGUACUCUACAACAAGGGACAGCGGUCGCUCGCCGAGUUGCGACUGGGGGACCUCCACUCACCGCAGGCCUCUUUUUGCUCCAUCGCUUUCUUCCAGGUGCUAUUACGCGAAUCCCUCGGUGUCAAGGCCUCAGACCACGGUAUCCUGGACGGUGAAUCUCAAGACGGGGCUUCGCUCGGCGAGCUUUGCACCGGCUCAGACCGCUCAGACCUCGACCACCACGAUGCAAGACCGAUGUCGGCUGCGUCAGGUCUCAAGCAAGAUGCCCGUUCCAAAAAACGCGCUUUGCCCGCGACAAAUGCUUCCGGGCGGGUAUCCACGCGAAAACGCAAGAAAGACAGCGCAGCUGAUACGGAUGAGCGAGAGCGAAAUCACCCCACCAAGGUAAUGCACGCGUACCCGCCCCAGCCCAUAGCGGGGCUGACCUAGUGAACGAGGUCACUGAUACGUCGUUAACGACCUUCCGCUCACACAGUCCUCGACUCGCAAAUCCGGGCUUGGACAGCCCCCACCCUCCUCAGCUGGGGAUGAUACUACUGAACUGAAGUCGCGGAGCGCAUCGCGGCAUGCCUCCGCCGCAGGCGCCAGGCGGCGGACGACCCACUUGAUCAACCCGAGCUCGAGCCCACUGGCGCCAACAAGUACACCCCGCCAAUCUCUCAACUACGACUCAAGUGGCGAAGCGGGAUUCUCGGACUACAACCCUUUCCAAUCCGGGCCAGAGGACACACCAGAGCGAAAACCAAGACGCAAGGUUAGCACUUCUGUUGCUUUUCCGCUUCGGAACGCACUUUUUCCUGACACCUUACGCACGUAUCUGGCUUGCUCAGUCGUCUCUGGGUCCCGGUCAAUCACGCGUGGCGGAGAUGAACAAUAUAGCAUACGCCGAAAGUCUCCCAUGCGGCGACAAUCAUCUUGCGAGUAAUUCAUCGCCUCCUGCACUCCACAGACCUCGGGUAACUGCUGGAAGCGUCGAAAGUCGGCACCAGCUGCCAAGCGGUACAACCGAACGCUCGAGUGGUCAUGUUACCUUACCUGGACGCCGCUAUGUAGUUCCUCGGAAGUCGAUCAAGUAUAUACCUGACGAGAUUUUCGUACUCGGGAACGAGCUCGAAGCUCUCGACCGCCGGGACCAAGUUUCUGACUGUGGCGAGACUGGUAGCUCAAGCCAAGAACUCGAAGACGACACUCCUACGCAAGCAUACGUUGGCUCGCUUGGCUCGGUUCUUGAGCCCGAAGGAGAAGUCGUCGAUGCCUGGUCCUCCUCUCCGGGCGCGCCCACCGACUCUGUUCGCCGCCGAUUCACAGCUCCCCCGAUGCCAAAUUCGGCCCUCGCCACCGUUGGCCCGCUUCCAGCUCGAAACAAGGCAGAGGAUCGUUCAACGAGCCCGGGAGCUUUCACCGUGCUUUGUUCACUGGUCUUGCUCGUGUUCGCCCUGUGGUGGCGCGAGGAAAAGCUUAUGGUUGGUUUUUGUGACACCCAAACUGCUCAAAAUGCGCUCAGCUCCUCGCGCUCCGACUCGCUUUUUCUGCGUUCUUUCGCGCCGCGGUGGUCAUCGGCUUGGCUUACCAAGAUUCCUUCAGACGUUUGGCGGCAGAUGGACCGGACCCAUCUCCGGCCCUCUUGCAGCGCGUGUCCGAGCCAUGGCGUUUGUGACGGCGGACAGUUUUUGGGCUGCGAGCCGGAUCACAUCAUCCGGCCGCAUCCCUUCCGCCUCAGAGGGCUUGUUCCAUUGGCUCCGACAUGUGCCCCCGACUCCGACAAACUCAUGCUCAUUGCGUUACGAGCGAGUCGUCUAGCCGCCCGCCUCCGCGCUCACCGUGGCGAUGUGAUCUGCACUGGUUCCUCAAGGCACGUAGUGGACAAGGCUCCAGAGGUACAUGUGUAUGGCGUUUCUGCCGAGCAAAUUGCCCGCUGGGCGAAGGAGGACAACAAUUUGUCUGCAUCGCCGCUCGAUGAGAAGCAUCUUGAAGAGUUGAACGAGUUGGCCUUGCGGGAUCUUCAAGACCAUGGAGAAGUGCUCGGACUGAUGGACAGGUGCGUGAGCCGCCGCUGCUGGAACAAUUCACUGGCAAUCUAGGCUGACGCGUGAGGUGCACCAGGGAUGAGAUGUGGUACGCUGCAACUUCCGCAGACAUGCCUAUCGGCUGCAAAUUACGUCUGGCGGCGUGGCGUCAAGCUCGCGAGCAUACAAUCCUGCUCAUAGGUCAGUGUCUGCACCACAACUUGCAUUCACAGGCGCAAUGCUAUUUUGGGAGGCUUACGCGAGUACGCACGUGUCUUUCCUAGCACUGCUCACUAUGGUUGCGACGUGGUUAUACGGUCGGCUGGCCUGGACACGCCAUGUCCAGGAAGCUUCUCGUGUUCGUCGACUGGUGCAAUCUGCUUUGGUUCUCUUGAGGAAGCAGGUAAGCCUCGAAACAUGUUCGUGCGGCACUGUUCUAUCGCAGUGGCGCUAAGCACUGAUGUGAUGUUGAUUUCAGGCCGAGCAAAGCCGAUCCGAUGCAGCCAUUACUCCUGAACCUGCGAUUGCGCAAUCACACCUUCGUGAUCUCAUUCUGCAGGAAGAGCAUUCACCGGCUAAGAGGGAUCGUCUGUGGACACAAGUAGCGCGCGUCGUGGAGGGAAACGCGAACAUUCGAGCCAAGGACGUCGAAUUCGCGGGCGAAGAGCUGCGCGCAUGGGAAUGGACUGGCAAGAUUGAUCGAACAGACGCUAUCGAGGAGGAGAUGAUGGAGCGCAAGAGCCUGGGAAGGCUGUCUUGA